GCAAUUUCUGACUACCUACCCCAUGCACUUGAUCUGCACGAUCACAUUUAAUUUUUACGAAUCUACAGGAUUGUUUUAUACCUUCAUUAUGUUUGAGUAUUCACGAUGUAUCUACCCUAAGGUCAAACAGUUUGGAAAGCUAGUAUGGAUGUACAAAACUGAAUGCUAAACCCAAGCUUUCAACCACUCCUUUGGAAUUCAGUUACAGGCAGAACUGAGUGCUUACUGCUGAACUGGGAAGUGAAUCCUGAAGUUAUUGGGUUGUGAUGCCUGCCAGGAGUAAAAUUGAUGGAUGAGUGCUUGAAUGUAGCAUGCAAGACAGUACUGUGCACCAGAGAUUAGCUUUCUUCCUCAGACCUAUUCUGUAUCAUUGACCUGUUUAACAUCAUUGCUCCAGAUGCCUUCUCGUCUGGUCUAAAUGAUAGAAAGCAGUAGUUAGAAUUGACUGUUACAAGUAGGAACUUAGGGACAAGGAAGAAACUAUCCAUGUGGAAGUAAUGACCCACGCCAAACCACAGGACAGAAACUGGAACAGAAUAACAUAAGUCAGAAUUUUCCUGCCCAACCCACAGGGUGGAGUUUUCCCCGUUUCUAUCCAUCCUACUGAAUAUAAGCUCUGCCUUGAUGUCAGGAACUGGAAGGAGCUGCUAGUGGGACUCUGAUUGCUGUUCUCAACAUGAAUCUCAAGGUGGUCCUUGUGUCCCUGGUGCUGUCCCUUCUUACCAUCUUUGCUUUGGCCUGUGUUUUGCUGACCAGGCAAGGUGGUUCCAGCCCACCUCCUCAAUGUCUCUCUGUACCUCCCAGUGCUCAGCCCUGGACAAACCCUGGGCAGAGCCAGCUGUUUGCAGACCUGAGCCCAGAGGAGCUGAUGGCUGUGAUGAACUUUCUGACCCAGCAGCUGGGGCCAGGGCUGGUGGAUGCAGCCCAGGCUCGGCCCUCGGAUAACUGUGUCUUCUCAGUGGAGCUGCAGCUGCCCACCAAGGCGGCAGCAUUGGCCCAUCUGGACAGAGGGGGUCCGCCACCUGCUCGGGAGGCGCUGGCCAUUGUCUUCUUUGGUGGACAACCCCAGCCCAAUGUGAGUGAGCUGGUGGUGGGGCCUCUGCCUCACCCCUCCUACAUACGGGAUGUGACUGUGGAGCGCCAUGGCGGCCCAGUGCUGUAUCACCGACGCCCCAUACUGACAGCUGAGUUUGUCCAGAUGUGGAGGCAUUUAAAAGAGGUGGAGCUACCCAAGGCACCCGUCUUCCUGUCUUCUGUCUUGAACUACAAUGGUUCCACUUUGGCGCCUUUGCAUUCCUCCCCUAGUGGCUUACGCUCAGGGGACCGUGCUACCUGGAUAGCCCUCUACCAUAACAUCUCAGGUCUUGGUAUUUUCCUUCACCCUGUGGGACUGGAGCUACUAUUGGACCAUAGAGCACUGGACCCUGCUCACUGGGCUGUCCAGCAGGUCUUCUACCUUGGGCACUACUAUGCUGACUUGGGCCAGUUGGAAUGGGAAUUUAAGGCUGGCCGUCUAGAAGUGGUUAGAGUCCCUCUACCCUCACCAAAUGGGACUUCAUCAUUGAGGUCCCGAGUCACCCCAGGCCCUCUCCCCCCACUUCAGUUCUCACCCCAGGGUUCCCAGUACAAUGUACAAGGGAACUUGGUGGUAUCCCCCCUCUGGACAUUUACCUUUGGCCAUGGGGUGUUCAGUGGCAUAAGAAUUUUUAAUAUUCAGUUCAAGGGUGAGCGAGUGGCCUAUGAAGUCAGUGUCCAGGAGUGCCUUACUAUUUAUGGUGCUGAUUCACCCAAGACAAUGAUGAUACGGUAUUUGGACAGCAGCUUUGGACUUGGCCGUUACAGCCGAGGCUUGGUGCGGGGAGUAGAUUGCCCCUAUCAAGCCACAAUGGUGGACUUGCACAUACUAGCCGGCACAGGGACUGUCCAGCUGCGCCCAGGGGCUGUGUGUGUAUUUGAGGAGGCCCAGGGACUACCCCUUCGAAGGCACAACAGUUACAUUGGGAGUCGGUUCUUUGGUGGUUUGGCCAGCUCAGCCCUUGUAGUCAGGUCUGUGUCAUCUGUAGGCAACUAUGACUACAUUUGGGACUUUGUGUUGUACCCAAAUGGGGCGCUUGAAGGGCGGGUCCAUGCCACAGGCUAUAUCAACACAGCUUUCCUGAGUGGAGGAGCAGAGAGUCUCCUUUUUGGGAACCGAGUUGGGGAACGAGUGCUGGGGGCGGUGCACACACAUGCCUUCCAUUUCAAGCUGGACCUGGAUGUGGCAGGGUUGAAAAACUGGGUGGUGGCCGAAGACGUCGUGUUUAAGCCUGUGGUAGCCCCCUGGAGCCCGGAGUAUCGACUGCAGCGCCCACAACUGACCCGGCAGGUCCUGAGAAGUGAGGACCUGACAGCAUUUUCCUGGGGGAGACCCCUUCCCCGCUAUCUUUACCUGGCUAGCAACCAGACUAAUGCCUGGGGUCACCAGCGUGGGUACCGAAUCCAGAUUGAUAGUCCCCUUGGAAUGCACAUACCCUUGGAGAGCGACAUGGAGAGGGCCCUCAGCUGGGGGAGAUACCAGCUGGUGGUGACCCAGAGGAAGGAGGAAGAGCCACAGAGCAGUAGCAUCUAUUACCAGAAUGACAUCUGGAACCCCUCUACAGCCUUUGCUGACUUCAUCAACAAUGAAACUCUUUUAGGAGAGGAUCUGGUGGCUUGGGUUACAGCCAGCUUCCUGCACAUUCCCCACGCUGAGGAUGUCCCCAAUACAGUGACUGUGGGGAACAGAGUUGGUUUCCUACUCCGACCCUACAACUUCUUUGAUGAAGACCCCUCCAUCUUCUCCCCUGGUAGCAUUUUCUUUGAGAAGGGCCAGGAUGCGGGGCUCUGCAGUGUCAACCCUGUGGCCUGCACUCCACAUCUAGCAGCCUGUGUUCCAGACUUGCCCUCUUUCUCUUAUCAAGGCUUCUAAGCCUGAGGGUGUGGUGGGAUGUGAGGGUAGAAGUAAGAUAUAUGUACCUUUCUCUCUGUUCCCCCUUCUGAUUCCCUGUGUUUCUAUCACCCCUGUUCUCCAGGCUCCCACCUUCAAUAUUUCAUAAGAAAGAGCCUAAAUUCCCAUGUAUGCCUUUGGUUAAUUCUAACUUCAUGUUCAUUUUUAAAUGACAAAUUUAUAAAAAUGACUUGAAAUAUUCAAAGAAAACUAUCACAAAUCCUAUCACUCAAAACUAGCUGGUGAUCACAUUAUAGAAGGCAUUCUCUUAUGCAUGUGCCUACGAAAGGGAAUGGUUGAUA